GCGAAACUAUUGUUUUCUCUUGACUCUCACAGGCCUGAAUUUGCAAGUGAAGAGAAGGUAAAUCUCAAGUGAAUCAAACCUAGGCAGACUGAUGUUAGGAGAACGACUGGACGACGCCUCAGUGCAUGCUCAACAACCAGUUUUGUGCCAAAGGUGCCAACAUGUAGUCGAUACCCCCUAUAUUCGUCCGCUCCAAACAAUCGAACCUCGAUUUCUCCAUAACGAUUACAUACCUUCUAAAGUGGAGAUGUCCGAAUUGAAAGAUCUGUUGAAGGAAGGAGAGAGGGAGCUCAAGCGUUAUGAGGUGGACAUGGCACUGUUGCAGCAAACGCUGGAACAGCUGGGAAAUGCAAAGAGUGCCGUGGAGACCAUGGCCAAGCAAUGUUGGGCUGCUAUUUCUGCUCAACGGAGGGUACCAGUGGAGAUCUGGGAAAUGAUUUUCUCCACGUUAUGUUUGUCGCUUUGCGAAUAUUCAUUCGACGUUAACUACCGGUCGCAUUCUCCGCUCCUCGGACUCCCUGCCAUCAUUAUAUCUCAAGUCUGCUCCCACUGGAGGACGAUUGCUAAGGGAUUGUCGAAGCUUUGGUCUUCCAUCACCGUCAAUCUCUCAGAACCACCUUAUGACGUCGGUUUACCUCUCGAGGUCUAUUUUUCGAAUUCAGGAGAUUAUCCUUUGAAACUCCGAAUUCAAAGCGAUGGACCUAUCCUGGAGUCACCAUGGUAUGUGGGUUUAUGGGAAUCGUUAUCCAGACACAUCCACAGAAGCCGGGAACUCACCAUGGCGGUGGAAUUCCACGAUGACUUUAGAGAUCUCCCUCCUAUUCAACGACUAACCUUUCCUAAUCUUGAAGCGUAUCGCGAACUUGAGUAUGGCACGCCCGAUGAAUCGGUCUGGCCCUGGUUCUGGCAAGCCAUUCAAAGGUCACCAAAACUCGUCGUGUUCUCGGGCCACCACGCAAAUCGUGCUAUACCAUUUCCUCAGCUAACAUCUUGGGAAGUUCGGGAUAUCCAGCGCUCUAAGGACGUGGAUGACUUCCUCGAUGUUGCACGGAGCUGUAAAGCCCUCAAAUCCCUUACGUUGUCAUCUAUCGAUUCCUGGGGUGUUCGUGACAAUCUCCCUGUGGCUGUUCGAGAGGUCAAUUUGCCCUCCCUUCGUCAAUUAACGGUCAGGACCUAUCGGGACGACUACAGCUGGUUGCCCAGUAUCUGUGAUUCUCUCGUCAUGCCCUCUCUCGAAACAUGUUUUAUCCACCGUUGUACAUGGCUUCUACCUUCUGCGUUAGUCGACAUGGUUCGACGAUCCUCUAUUUCGCUCAAACAAAUAACGCUUGAACUACGGCAAGAGGAUCCAAACUCAUGUAGGGAUCCACUUCUGCUCGAUAUGUUGCAAGCUGUUCCCAAAUUGGCUCGUUUUGAGUUGACCUUGGGCGGAGUGUCGAGCACCAAAAUUAGACGUCGCAAAGCAGCUGCAUUUACCGAUGACAUGGUUUCCGCCCUCCUUUCCAAAUUCGAAAACGGGCCUCCCGGUUUUCUCCCACAACUUGAGUGUCUCUCCCUCGAACUUCCGUAUGUCACGCUGAACACGCAACUCGUGAAACGCAUACUGGAGGUGGUGUCUGCAAGGCAACGUACCUCCCAUCCUUUGGCGGAGUUUCGCUUCGUGCGCCUUGGACCGUACCCGAAAGCCGAGUCGGAGACACUUGUCAUGAAGCCAGAACUGGUCAAAAGAAUAAGAAUGCUUGAUGAGGGUCAUGUCAAGGUCGUUAUUCAGGACUGUACAAGACACUGGCAUCAUUACGUACAUACUACACAGUAGCUUUGUUUCGUUGUCGGAAAGC